ACACGUCGGACUUAUUUUCACCGGGCGCCGCGGUAGCUCUGCAGCGUUCAUCCUCUUUAACAAACAAACAACUGAAUGAUCUUCUGUCGGUGAAACCUCGUGGUUCCGUUCAUCAAUGCCACUAAAGGAUCAGUCCAACUCCACCGCCAUGAAACCUGCGGUGGACGAGAUGUUUCCGGAGGGUGCGGGACCGUACGUUGAUCUGGACGAGGCUGGGGGAAGCACAGGACUGCUGAUGGACCUGGCUGCCAAUGAAAAGGCCGUUCACUUGGACUUCUUCAAUGAUUUUGAGGAUUUGUUUGACGAUGAUGACAUCCAGUGACAGAGAAGUCUUCGGAGUAAUGAUGGAUGAUAUUCACAUCAGUCUGCACCUUUUUUUCUUUGUUUUUUGGUGGAAAGCAAACCAACCAUUUACUGUCUAAUGACAUACAAUUUCCUUUCAUAGUUAUCCUAGUUUCAGGCUGUUUAAAACAUCCUUAAAAAAGUCUUCACGGGUUCCAGAUGUUGGGAAAUUCUUAACAUCCCAAGGAUUCCUUUAUAUACGGUAUGUUAGAAUUAUGAGCCUGCAUCGCGCUCGCGUCUUCGACUGCUUCUAAACUGGAUUGCAGGUUUCAGUGUGCCGGAGAACACCUGUUAGGAGUGUAAUUAUACAUAUGAUGGGCAGAGGCUCCAUAUGCUGUCGCCCUUAAACAUGCUGCAGAUGGCAUAUGAUAAAUGAUGGUCUGCUAAGAUGUCUUGAAUUGUUUGUAUGUCAGUGUGCGAUAGCCACAUACGUUCUGUGUGUUUUAUAUCUGCAGUGAGUCAAGUUACGUCAUGGAUUUGUACAUAUGUGUACACAUACACAUCCACAGUUUUUGUGAUUGAUUCUAUGUGACAAAAAUCAAUAAAUAGUGUUUUGUAGAUAUAAAA